AUGAGCAGAUAUAGAAAUUACACAAUUGCCAUCGUGAUUAUCUUUCAAACAAUUCUAAUUUUUUCACACUUGGGAACUUAUAUUCAGCCAAGCACAAAGCAGGAGCCCCCAAAAGUCCAUCUCCUCAUACUUUCCACCUGGAGGUCAGGUUCAUCUCUGGUUGGUCAUUUUUUCAGUCAACACCCUGAUGUGUUCUAUAUAAAGGAGCCAGGUUGGCAUGUGUGGCAUUCCAUGUUCCAGAACAAGGCACAUGUUCUACAGAUGGCUGUGAGGGACCUAAUCCGAUCACUCUACAAAUGUGACAUGUCCGUGUUUGAUGCAUACAUGCAAAACAGAAGCCAAGUGUUGAACUUGUUUCGGUGGACUGCUAGCAGAGCCCUCUGCUCACCUCCGGCAUGCGAUUCGUUCGCCCGUAAUGACAUUGUCCCUGAGGCCGCAUGUAGGAAACAAUGUGGGCAUUAUUCAUUUCAGAAGAUUGAAGACGCCUGUUACAGUUACAGCCAUAUGGUUAUACAGGAGAAUCGCAUCUUUGACCUAAAAGUGCUCAUCUCGCUUCUAAAAGACCCCACCUUAAACCUCAAGAUCAUACAUGUAGUCCAUGACCCACGGGCUGUGGCCAAGUCUCGCGAAAAAACUAAAAGGUCUUUGGCUUUUGACAGUGGUAUUAUCCACAGGGCCACAAAACCACUGGACGGUGAGUUCAAAGUGUUACAAGAAAUCUGUCAAAAUCAAGUCAACAUAUACAGAACAAUAAAUUCGAAACAAUUAUUUUCUCUAAGAGACCGCUACAUGCUGCUUAGGUAUGAUGAUCUGGUUAGAGAUCCGUUAAAGAAAGCAAGAAAAGUCUUUUCAUUUAUUAACCUCAAGCUGACUGAAAAUUUAAGUAGAUGGAUCUAUAAUAUCACCCAUGGUGACCGGCGACAGAAGGUGAACUCUUUUCAGAUUAUACCAAGGGAUGCGGUUUAUACGUCCCAGGCUUGGAGGAACUUAAUAUCCCUCGAAAAGGUCAAUAAAGUGCAGGACAUAUGUAAAGAAGCUAUGAAUACGUUCCGUUAUCAAUUUAUAGACACAAAGGAAGAGCUAAGAAAUUUAAGCAUGGACUCCGUACUGCCGGGACAGAGAGACGAUUUCAUGUGGUUGCCACAGAAAAAAAAUUUAUUGAAUUAA